AUGAAGGUUUCGAUACUGUGGGCUUCGGCUCUCUGCCUCUUCGGUGGCCUGUCCGCCGUGGCCGGCAAGAAGAUUACCUCGUUCCCCAAGCCGCCCGGCAUCCAGGCGUACGAUCAUCCGGAUCCGAAUGCCGACAUCAUCGACGGCGUCUUUGACCAGCCGAUCGACCACUACGACCUGUCCAAGGGCACCUUUUCAAACCGCUUCUGGUUCAGCACCAAGUACUGGAAGGGCCCCGGCUCGCCCGUCUUCCUCUUCAUGCCCGGCGAGUCGGAUGCGAGCCAGUACCUGGGCUACCUGGACAACAGCACGAUCCCAGGCCUGUACGCCGAGUUCUUUGGUGGCCUUGUUAUUGUUAUUGAGCGUAUGUUUCUAGGCCUCCUCAUCAUGUCGUUGAGAUAA